UAUUUCAAAGCUAUUUCCUGGUAUUGGAACACGCUGCGCGUUAUCCUCCCGCUCCCCGCCGCCGUCCUCGCCAAAUGCUCCGUCCUCACAGCCUCCUCGUCCCCUUCGCUUCCUCCUCCCACCGCUCGCCACUUCCUCCUCUCAUCCUCCUUCAUCGCACCGCCGCCAGUGGCUCCAAUUUCCUCCGCGCUUCCGGCGGCAGGCCGGCCCCCUUGGCCGCGCUCCGACCAUUGCUCGCCGAUCUUCCUGAAACCGAUGGUUCGCAGGAGGAUGCACGAGGUAUCGAGGACGGUCCCGUAGAGCUCCCUUCCUCCACCGGGUCCUCCAUAUUCGCAGUCGAUGAUAACCCUACCCCACUCCAGGUCUCCACCAGCGUGCUCCUCACCGGCGCCAUCUCCGUCUUCUUGUUUCGAUCCCUGCGGCGCCGCGCCAAAAGAGCCAAAGAAUUGAGAUUGCGAUCGAGCGGAGUGGAGAAGCCGAAAACCCUAAAGGACGAAGCUUUGGAGAGCUUGAAGGCGAUUGGCGCGUCGCCAUUGGAGGCAGGAAAACCACCCUCCCCACUGCAGGCAUUGCUAGGCGGUAUUGCGGCUGGGGUCAUCGCCCUCAUACUCUACAAGUUCACAACCACAAUAGAGGCUUCUCUCAAUCGUCAGACCAUUUCCGAUAAUUUUUCGGUCCGACAGAUAACCAUCACAAUAAGAACUAUUGUCAAUGGGAUUUGCUAUCUCGCAACAUUUGUUUUCGGUGUCAAUUCUGUCGGCUUGAUACUCUACGCCGGACAGUUAGCUCUUGGUUCCUUCAGUAAUGCGCCUGCUACUGUAAAGGAUGAUACUCCUCGGCCCAGUGAAAUGGCUCCAGCAGAAGGCACUGCUAAUGCUUUGGAAUCCAGAACGGAUGAAGUGCCACAGAACUCAGACGAAACUAAAUCAUCAUAAAAAAAAAAAAAAAAACUUGUUUGUAUUUGUAUGUGUAAUUUAGUCAUGCAUUUCUGUGUUUUCUUUGCAUUUCAUGGAUGCCAAACAUUUUGAGCUCACUGGGAACUGCAGUGCGAGAUCCUAAAACACAUCAGGACGAAUGAUUUAUUCUUUAUUGUAUGCGUUGGUUAAUCUAA